CUCUUCCGGUGUCAUGGUGUCAAUUGCAAGGCCAGGGCAAAAAAGGGAGCACUAGAUGUUUGCUAGACCACUAUUUUUUGCUUCUGUUCUCCGUGGACUGCUUAGAAAGAACCUGGGAGAUCUCCAAACUACACAAUGGACGUGGUGACCUUUGAGGAUGUGGUUGUGAACUUCAGCAAUGAGGAGUGGACUUUGCUGAGUCCAUCCCAAAAGAACCUCUACAGAGAUGUGAUGGGCGAAACCUUUAGGAACAUGACUGUGAUAGGAGGACUUGGGGAUAUCCAGGAAGCUGAAAAAGAAUGCAAAAUUUACUGGAGGUACUUAAGAAAUGACAAGCUAGGGAAAUCCUAUGGACAUACAUCUUGGAAUCAGUGUAAAGAAGUAUUCCCUUGUACUGCAGAAGGUAAUGUGAAUGUGAAAGAAGCAGAAACACACCACAAUGUUCAGAUCCAUGAAAAAUAUUGCAGUGGAGAGAAAUCCUAUGUAUGUCAGCAGUGUGGAAAAGGGUUCACCAAAUCUGGAUACUGUAAGCAACAUGAAAUAAUUCACACUGGAGUGAAACCAUAUGUAUGUAAGAAAUGUGGGAAAGCUUUUAACACACGGGCAAAUUGUAAAAUACAUGAAAGAAUUCACACUGGAGAGAAACCCUAUGUAUGUAAGCAAUGUGGGAAAGCUUUUAACACACGGGCAAACUGUAAAAUACAUGAAAGAAUUCACACUGGAGAGAAACCAUAUGUAUGUAAGCAAUGUGGGAGAGGUUUUACCCAACAUGGAGCUUGUAAGCAACAUGAAAGAAUUCACACUGGCGAGAAACCAUAUGUAUGUAAGCAAUGUGGGAAAGCUUUUACCCGACAUGGACUUUGUAAGCAACAUGAAAGAAUUCACAAUGGAGAGAAACCAUAUAUAUGUAAGCAAUGUGGGAAAGCUUUUAACACAUGGGGAAUUUUAAAGAAACAUGAAAGAAUUCACACUGGAGAGAAACCCUAUGUAUGUAAGGAAUGUGGGAAAGGUUUUACCCGACAUGGAAAUUGUAAGCAACAUGAAAGAAUUCACACUGGAGAGAAACCAUAUGUAUGUGAGCAAUGUGGGAAAGCUUUUAACACACGUGCAUAUUGUAAGGUUCAUGAAAGAAUUCACACUGGAGAGAAACCAUAUGUAUGUAAGCAAUGUGGGAAAGCCUUUAACACAUGGGCAAAUUGUAAAAUACAUGAAAGAAUUCACACUGGAGAGAAACCCUAUGUAUGUAAGCAAUGUGGGAAAGCUUUUACCCAACCUGGACAUUGUAAGCAACAUGAAAGUUCACACUCAAGGUAGAACUAGUGUAUACAAGCAUCAUGAGAAUUUUUUGAGCAAAAGUACAUAUUGCAUAAUGCAUGAAAAAUUUCACCCUGGGCAGAAAACUUAUAUAUGUAAGGAAUGUGGGAAAGGUUUCAGCAGAAAUGCUCAUUGUCCAAUACAUGAAAAAAUUUAAAAUGUUGAGAAACCCUGUUUAUGUGAAGAAUGUGGGAAAGAUUUCACCACACAUGGGUUUUGUAAAAUACAUCAAUGACUCCACUAUGUAUAUAACAAUGUGGCAAAGUUUUUACCACAUACAGUCAUUGCAAAACAAAUGAAAGAAUUCACACUGGGAAGAACCACUGGCUACGUAAGCAAGUGGAGACACUUUCAUCAGCCAGAUUAUAAGUGAAAUACGUGAAGAAGCUCACACAAGAGAUAAAUCCUAUGUGUUAUGGGAAUAUUCUCAGCACACAUGAUCAUUGUUACAUAUCUGAAAGAACUCACUGGAUCCUAUGUGCAUGAACAAUGUGAGAAAUAUGGCAAUCCAUGUUUGUUGUUAAAUAUAUAGAAAAAUCAGCACUCUUCCGACAGUUUAAAUCUAAGUUUACUUUAAAAAGUCCAAGUAGACCUGAAGAAAUAAUCAAUACAGAAGUUUGAUGUCAAUAUUUCUUCACAAAUUUUCCAGAAAUGACAAAUCUGAAGUGGAGCUCUACUCAAGUACAUAUUUUGUAUGGUUUUCAGUUAAUCAGUUAUACCUCUUUAGAUUUUUUAAAGUAUCUUUGUGCUUCAACAUGGCAUCUUGUAAUUAAACAUGGUAAACUAAAAUGGGCUUUUCACUUUCAAGUAUGGAUAGUGUCUAUGUACUUAAUAUUUUGUCUUUAAACCUUAAUUUUUAUAUUUUUGGUGAAUUAUUUUUAUUUAAAGAAAAAAAUCAAAAAGUGUAGAAAUAAUACAGAAGUCUGAAAAAUAAACAAUAAGAAAUCACGAGUUGAUUAGUUACAUAUUGUCAUCUUAGAAGUAAUUGUUCAAGUUACAAAAUUAAAGCAUACAAAGUGAUAUUCAAAUAAUGACAUUGCAAACAGUUCACCUCAGUGAUCCAACAAAAACUUAUUAAUAUGCUUAUCUGUUCUACAAACUUGUUUUUUAUCUUAAAGACGAUAAGAUUAAACAUGACAAAACAGAACAGAACAGUUCAUAAGGAAACAAGUUAAGGAAACACAGGUUUCAAAGCAAGUCCACUGAGAUGUUCAUUUUCUAUCUUACUGUCUCUAGUUUUGUUCAAAAUAGUUGUUCGCAGCUUCACAAGCAUUGCAUAUAUACUGAACAUUAUGGAGCUAAUCAAAUAAUUACAGGAUGAUGCAGGCUUUUUUGAUCUUCAAGACUGAUUUUGGGGAAGUUGAUAAUGAUUACCAUAAUGUGUCUCAUUCUUUUCGUAGUAGACAUCUUUAUUUUUAUGUAUGCUGAAAUUGAACAUAAGAGACUAAACUAAUAUCACUCUGAACAGUGAAUAAUAGAAUCCUGAGAAGGAGAAAGGUGAGGAACUGCCUAAAAAAAGAAGGCAGAGCACAUUGUUAAAAGUGUAUCAGGAUUUAAAAGCUACAGUAGUUCUGUUGCUCUGUUUAGUUUGAUUAUAUUUUGUUCUGGUCUGUCUACUCAUAUUAGAUUUGCGGGCACAGAGAGAUAACCCAAAAAUGGCAGGUUAUACCAUGAUGGUAAUUGUCCUUAAUUUCCUAUUAACUAAAACUGAAACCCUGUAUUACUAACAUUGUCUUACUAUGACUGAACUUAUUUUAAGCUGGUUUGUUUGAAUGUUAUUUGGCCUUGACUGAUUUUAUUCACAUUUGGUAUGCUUGCUGGUAUCAAGUCCAAGAGUAGAGGCCACUAGUCUGAAGAUGAUAAGAUGUAAAAGAUAUAUAUUGCGGGGCUGGGGAUUUAGCUUAGUGGCUUAAGCACCUGCCUGGCAAGUGUGAGGUCAUCAGUUUGAUCCCCAGUACCAAAAAAUAAAUACAAGAUAUAAAUUCCAGGUUUAAUUUUUUUAUUUAAAGAGAAAAAAGAACAUAAAAAAACAAAGCAGGAAAGGGUACAAAUCAUACAGAAUUUCAAGAAAAAAAUACAGUAAGAAAUCACUAGUUAAUAGGAUACAUAUUGUCUUCUUAGAAACAGUUGUCCAAAUUAUAAAAUUAAAGCGUAUAAAGUGAACAUUCCUACAGCGAGAUUGCAGACAGUUCCGUUCAAUGAUGCAACAAAGCUCAGUAAUAUGGUUUU